GGCUGGCGGCCGCGGGCCGGCGCCGGGGGAGGCGAGGGGUUAACCGGGGUGGGGGCAUCCCGGGCCGAGAGGUGUGAAUUCCGCCCGCUCCCCCCCGCCCCGUCUUCCCCCCUUUGCUAUAAGAGCUGUCGGCUCGGGCUGGGGGGAGCCACUGCGGCUUCUCCUCGCUGCGAGCCCAGCGCCCGGCAGCGCUUUGAAGUCGGAAGGAGCGGCUGCUGCUGCUGCUGCUGCUGCUGCUGCUGCUCCGCGCCGCCCGGUACCGAUACCGAUACCGCCUCCGCUGCACCGCCCGGCCCGGCCCGAGGGGUCCCCGCUGUCCCCGUGCGGACGGCGCUCCUCCGACCGUAUCCCCCCGCGGCGGGCGGCUCUGUAUGCAGGAUGAAGAUGCUCAGGUGGAGGUGGAGCAGGGUCUCUGUCAGUGUAUGGUCCUGGCUGAGGGCUGCCCUGGCCCUUCUCGUCGUGGGCAACAUGGCCUUUGUGAUAGCUCAGGACCUGCCUCAGACCUCCAACAGCCUGGAGGAGGGUGCAGAUGUCACUGCAUACUGGUGGGGUGAGUGGACCAAGUGGACGGCGUGCACGAGGAGCUGUGGUGGAGGUGUGAAGUCCCAGGAGAGGCACUGCCUGCGGCAGAGACGAAAGUCAGUGAGUGGGCUGGCUAAUAAAACUUGCACUGGAACAUCCAAAAGAUAUCAGCUCUGCAAAGUACAAGAGUGCCCUGCAAACGGAAGGAGCUUUCGAGAGGAGCAGUGUUCAUCCUUUAACUCCCAUGUGUAUAAUGGAAGAACGUAUCAAUGGAAACCUUUAUACCCUGAUGACUAUGUUCACAUUUCUAGCAAGCCCUGUGACCUCCAUUGCACCACUGUGGAUGGUCAGAGACAAUUAAUGGUUCAGGCUCGGGAUGGAACAUCCUGCAAAUACACUGAUUUCCGAGGGGUUUGCGUGUCUGGAAAAUGUGAGCCAAUUGGCUGCGAUGGCAUUCUCUUUUCCACCCACACCUUGGAUAAAUGUGGAGUUUGCCAAGGAGAUGGGAGCAGCUGCACUCAUGUGACGGGGAGUUACAGGAAAGGAAACUCUCAUCUGGGCUAUUCCCUGGUAACGCACAUUCCUGCUGGAGCAAGGGAUAUCCAGAUAGUGGAACGGAAAAAAUCUGCAGAUGUUCUGGCUGUGGCUGACGAAGCUGGGUACUAUUUCUUCAAUGGGAAUUACAAAGUUGACAGCCCAAAGAACUUCAACAUUGCAGGCACGGUGUUCAAGUACCGCCGGCCCAUGGACGUCUAUGAGACUGGCAUAGAGUAUAUUGUUGCACAAGGACCAACAAACCAAGGAUUGAACAUAAUGGUCUGGAAUCAGAAUGGCAAAAAUCCAUCCAUCACGUUUGAAUACACUCUUUUGAGGAAGCCACACUCAAAUCUCCAGCCCAUCUACUACACCUUUUCUGAGUCAGAUAGCGAAGAGAGCAGGGAGUUUGAUGGAGACGUGCCAUUGGGUUUUAUCCAACACAACGCAACCUAUUUUGGGAAAAUCUCCAGGGAAAGGAUAGACUUGGAGAACCAGGUGUUUGGAAGACAGGAGACGGAGGAAGAUUUAAACUUGAGCAAAGGUCAGGAAACCAAUGAGGUCUAUGAAAGAGCAGAAACAAUUGACUGUGAGCCAAAACUGAAGGGCAAACAACCCAAAGAUUCAAACGUAACCAGGUCUACUUACCAGACAGACCAUGACGACAGAGACUUCGACCCCAGGUUCACCUCCAGGGAAUUCCUUUCGGAGAAUGCCAUCACAGACAAACUGCUGGACAAGGCCUCUGACUCCAAGGAGUUGGUACUCAACAUGACCAUGAACAGCAUCUUUGCCCAGGGAGACCCAAUCAACUCUGUGGGGUCCCACAUCGACAGCCUCUACGUUGACUACGAGGACACUGAUGGCAUUGUGACCUAUACCAUCAAUGGCACCUACAUGGAGCUCAGCAAUGGCAAAGCCAUCAAUUCAUCUGCAGAGACACCGUUUUCAAAUGCCACUGUCACCAUGACCAGCUCUCAAGGGAACAGAACUCACAAAGCAAGAUUGAAGUUGUUAAGAAAGGGCCAAGGUGUGAGUGCUGCUGACAUGUACAGGUGGAAGCUUUCCUCCCAUGAACCCUGCAGCUCUACAUGCACCACAGGAGUGAUGUCCACGUAUGCUAUGUGUGUCCGCUAUGAUGGGAUCGAAGUGGACGAUACGUACUGUGAUGCCAUGACCCGCCCUGAGCCCGUCCAUGAGUUCUGUGCUGGGAGAGAGUGCCAGCCAAGGUGGGAGACAAGCAGCUGGAGUGAGUGCUCCCGUACCUGCGGUGAGGGCUACCAGUUCCGCAUCGUGCGCUGCUGGAAGAUGAUCUCUCCAGGUUUUGACAGCUCUGUCUACAGCGACCUCUGUGAGUCAGCUGACAUCACCCGGCCCGACGAACGCAAAGUCUGCAAGAACCCAGCCUGUGGGCCACAAUGGGAGAUGUCUGAGUGGUCAGAGUGCUCUGCGCGGUGCGGUGAGCGCAGCGUGGUGACGCGGGACAUCCGCUGCUCGGAAGAGGAGAAGCUGUGUGAUGCCAGUGCCCGACCCCUGGCUGAGAAGAACUGCACAGGGCCACCCUGCGACCGCCAGUGGACCGUGUCUGACUGGGGACCGUGCAGUGGUGGCUGCGGGCAGGGCAGGAUGAUCCGACACGUGUACUGCAAAACCAGCGAUGGGCGCGUGGUGCCGGAGUCGCAGUGCAACCUGGAGACAAAACCUCUGGCCAUCCACCCCUGCGGGGACAAGAACUGCCCGUCACACUGGUUGGCACAGGACUGGGAGCGGUGCAACACCACGUGCGGCCGGGGUGUGAAGAAGAGGAUUGUGCUCUGCCUGGAGAUUGUUAAUGGCAAGAUCAAGACUCAUAACCCCUCUGACUGUGAUGUGGCCAAGAAGCCUGUGGAGGAGACGACGUGCUUUGAGCGGCCGUGCUUCAAGUGGUACACCACCCCCUGGUCAGAGUGCACUAAAACCUGCGGCAUCGGUGUGAGGAUGCGGGAUGUCAAGUGCUACCAGGGGAAGGACAUCGUCCGUGGCUGCGACCCCCUGGUGAAGCCGGUAGGCAAGCAGACCUGUGACCUGCAGCCCUGCCCCACCGAGCCCCCAGACGACAGCUGCCAGGACCAGGCAGGAACCAACUGUGCUUUGGCCAUCAAGGUGAACCUGUGCAGCCACUGGUACUACAGCAAAGCCUGCUGCCGCUCCUGCCGCACCCCCCACUCGUAGUGCAGGGCUGGGGCCCAGAGCCCUGCUGGUGAGCAUUGGGGAUGGAUGUUCCCUUUCCUCGUUCCGCUGGCACGGCUUGCUUUCAGAGCUGCUGUACAUUGGUUAUCAGAGCUGUACAUAGGAUCGUGUAUAUUUGAUUUCCCCCAACAGCAGACAUUCACGUAGUUUCACAAGGUCUUGUCCUUUUGUUUUCUUUUGCCUAUGCAAGUGUGGGGUGGGCACGGACCCAUGGGAGUGAAAGCACAGGUGUGUUCCCUAGCAGAGGGGGUGAGUGCUUCCUCCCUGCUUUAUCCUCAAUGCUUUUUCACAUUUAACGUGGUGGGAAGCAGAUUUUUCAUUUGCUAAAUGAACUCAAGCCCAAGCCCUCUUUUGUAAUAUGGAGGUGUAUACUUUUUCAGAGGAUUUUAUCUUGUAACCAAAUGUUAGUGCUGUAGUCCUUACAACCCCCCUCCUCCCCUGAAUGCUGACAUAUUGUAUAUAAUAUGGAAACAUUACUGCACUUUAUAUCACAAAAAAGACGUGCUCUUUUUUAAUAUAUUUGUUUACAGACAGUGAACUUUAUCCAUGUAAUCAUUAAUUUGUACUCAUAUGUAUAUUUUAAUAAAGUUGUCAUA